AUGCGCUGUGUCCCCCGGACACAGCUGAUCACCGAUCACGGAAAGAGCCGAAGAUGUUGGCUCCGUCAUGUGAUCAGCUGUGUCCAAUCACAGCUGAUCACAUGGGACAUGUGCACAGAUCAUCAGGGCACUGAUGAUCAGUGUGCCCUGAUGAUCAGUGUAGCCCCAGCAGUGCCACCUGUCAGUGUCCAUCAGUGCCUUAUGUCAGUGCUCAUCAGUGCCUCGUGCCAGUGCCCAUCAGUGCCACGUGCCAGUGCCCAUCAGUGCCACAUCAGUGCCACAUAUCAGUGCCUACCAGUGCACAUCAAUGCCACAUAGUGCCCAUCUGAGCUGCAUUUCAGUGUCACCCAUCAGUGCCAGUCAGUGCCACCUAUCAAUG